GCCACCACAGCAGCAACAGCAGAGGGGCAGACAGCAGGCCCGAGUCUACGCAGUCGAUCAGGUUGAGGCCGAGCAGCAGCCAGGUACUAUGUCAGGGAUGAUCAUGCUUAAUAAUAUUCUUGUGUUCGCUUUAUUCGAUACUGGAGUGACGCACUCCUUUAUUUCACGACGAUGUCUUGAUGCCAUCAUAGUUCAUACCUUUACCGCUGUCGAUCCUCUCGAGGUGAGUUUAGCCUCGGGACGAAAGAUAGUGACUUCAGCUAAAGCUUCAGAUCUCAGCCUUUCCAUCGGUGGUCGUUCAUUGUCUGCCGACGCGUAUGUUCUUGAGAUGAAGGACUUUGACCUCAUUCUCGGGAUAGAUUGGCUAUCCUUUUAUCAUGCAGAUAUUAGAUGUCAUGACUGGAAGAUUACUCUUUAUCUUCCGGGAGACGAGUCGAUCACUUUCUUUGGCACCAAGAAUCGUUCCUUACCUCAUGUUGUUUCCAUGGUGAAAGCUACCAAAUUGCUGCGACGAGGCAACUGCCAGGGUUAUCUAGUGAGCCUUGUCGAUGAUUCUCAGAAACCAGAAUCACCUCACGAUGUCCCAGUUGUUCGUGAGUUUGUGGAUGUGUUUCCAGACAAGCUUCCAGGAGGACCGCCUAACCGGCAGGUGGAGUUCUCUAUUGAUCUCAUUCCAAGAGCCGGCCCAGUAUCCAAAGCCCCGUACCGUAUGGCGCCGAAGGAGUUGCAGGAACUUAAGGCGCAGAUUCAGGAGUUAUUACGACCCAGUUUCAUCCGACCGAGCGUGUCACCUUGGGGAGCACCCGUUCUCUUUGUCAAGAAGAAGGACGGAUCCAUGCGCAUGUGUAUCGACUACCGGGAUCUUAACCGGUUGACGAUCAAGAACAAGUAUCCGCUUCCCAGGAUCGACGACUUAUUUGAUCAGUUGAGGGGAGCCUGUGUGUUCUCAAAGAUUGAUUUACGAUCAGGUUACCACCAGCUGAAGAUUAAGGAGUCAGAUAUCGCUAAGACCGCUUUCAGGACUCGUUACGGCCAUUACGAGUUCAUCGUCAUGCCAUUCGGCCUCAGUAAUGCUCCAGCGGUUUUCAUGGACCUGAUGAACCGUAUUUUCCAUCCCUACCUCGAUCAUUUUGUUAUUGUCUUUAUUGACGAUAUUCUUAUCUACUCGAAGAGCCAGAAGGAGCACGAGGAGCAUCUGAGGGUGGUUCUUGAAACCCUCAGACGAGAAAA